AUGCAUGCCAUUAGCCAAUCUCAGAUAUCAAAUAGUAGGAGAGAGGUAGCUGAGCUGAAAGAACAUUACGAGCGGCUUCAAAAGCAGUUUGACUCGUUAAGCGCCGAGCUUGAUUUAUCUCUGACAGCGAAACAGGUUAUGGAUUUGCAUAUUAAGCGUUUGAAAGAGUACAACGAACUGAGAGACGCCGGCUUACGACUGGCCCAAUUGGUCGCCGAUGAGAAGAGAUGUCGGAUGAAGGAUGUAUUCGAAGAGAUGGGAUACUCGAUGAAAGAUGAUUAA